AUGCUAACCAAUUCCGUCUUUCUCCUACAGUUCCCCGCUGAGGAUGACUCUUUCAAAGCCGACCGGAUCGUCGAUGUGUCCUGGGAGGUUGCGCCCUUCCCCGGGGCUCCUCCAAUUACCCUGAAUGGCACCGUUGAGCAAGUCUACGCGAAGCUCGUCCAGAUGAACCCGAACUACGACGACGACUUCAAAGAUAUUGACCCGGAUCUGGAACGCGCCGUCGGCUUCGACAAGCGAGCAGAUACCCUUAUGUGUGAGGGCGAAAAGACGGCAGAUACAAAGCAUAUCAAGGAAGGUAUUAAGUACCUUCGAAAGGUCAAGGGCUCACCUCACCUUGGCCCCUGGGAUUGUGGUAGAGUGAGCUGCUCCUAUUAUUCGGGAAUCGUUUGGUGCAAUGAUAGCCCCAACUCAAAGACCCUCCCUUCGUUCACUAAUAUUGCCGAAGGCGCACAGGUGAUUAUUGACGGGUGCGAUAAGAAGGGCCAAGUCGUGGGAUACCUUGACCACAGUGACCACUGGAGAGUGGUUCUUGUAGAUGCAGACUGCUAG